GGAAGUAAGGGCAGGUGGCAGGAAACGCGGCGAUUUUAACAUGAGCUUUCCGGGCGUCCUGCGUCUGUUCCCGGGAGGAAAGUGGAAAUAUUUUCAGGUUGCAACGUGCCCAUCUCUGUACCAGCCUUUGCUGUCCUGCUGUCAGAGAAAAUCGAUAGCACCAUUGAAGAAAACAGACUUUGUUUCAACCCCGUCAGAUGAGAGCUUAAAGGACACUGGAAAAAAGUUGGAAGGCCUCUACUCUUCUGAAGAGAAAUCAGCUAUUUUGCAGGUGCUCAAUACAGCGUCUGUGAACGAACUCGCUGCUUUCACAUUUCUUCGAGGAAGGAAGUCUGUCAACAUUGUAAAGCACAGGGAAAAGCAUGGGCCUUUCCAAGAUUUGGAGAGCUUAUUGGACGUGCCCUUGUUUCAGUACAAAAUUACAGUGAAAGUGUGUGACUCAAUUCUACAGCCAGUAUCGAAAACUAAUAAAAAAGAGAAAAGAACACUGGACAACUGGUCAUUAACAAAGGUUGCCAAACCAGGAAUAGAAAAAAAGAAGCUUAAGGCAGCUAAUAGUAUUGUAUCUGUUGUUUUUGGCAAAGAAAAAAUUGCGUGGGCUCAUCUUGAUAGCAAACUAAUGGUUCUCGAUUGGCAACAAAGAAGUAACUUUAAACUGAUGAAAGAAACCUUCACACCAUCUGUGUAUCUGGAAACGAUUUCUUCAGUAGUUUCAGAAAUCCCUGAAGCAGAUUUCUAUAUUUUGGAAAAAAGAAUAUUUUCUCUUCAGCAGACAGCUUUGUUUCCGAUUGCAUUACAUUACCAUGUUGUGGAGGCCAUGCUGUAUUCCUUGUUAAACAAAACGUUUUCUCAAGAUGGCCACCAUCGGGUGUUGAGCAUGAGCCGGAAUAUGGUAGGGAAACACUUUGAUUUGAUGCUUGGGAAUGUACGGACUAGCGGCAUGGCUGUGGUCCGGCAGUUUCUGUCAGACUCUGCACUGAAAGCAGGGUCCCGGGUGUCCUUCCCCUCUAAGAGUGUGAUGCGCUAUAGAAGCAUGGUAAAGACUGACGUAAGAGAAAGAAAGGAAGAAUUGUGGGAUUCCCUGCUGCAAGCAGUGGCUUUUUAUGAACUCUUGGUGUUCGGCCCUCAUUCAUAAAGCUUUUCCUAGAUGCAAGAUGGCGCAAGGCAGAGGCUCUUAAACCUUAUCUUGCUCACAGCAUAGUGUAGUGGAGAGAGCACUGGAGUUGGAAUCCGAAAUCUCUGGGUUCAAGUCCUACUACGUAUACUUUCUCCUUGUGUGAGCCUGGGCAAGUCACCUCAGCUUCCAUAUCUGUGAAACAAAGGGGCUGGACGCCACGGCCUCUAAUUCUAAGCCCUUCUAGCUCUAAAUUGAUGGCCUUCUAACUCUCAGCACCAUGGCCACUUAAGUUGGCAACAAAGAAACAUUUCCAAACCCGGGCCUUGGGGUUUCCCCGACUUUCCUUCCCAUCAGUCCUCCAGCAGCUCGUCACCCUCUUCUUCGUUUCUUCAGGACUGGAUGUAGAAGAGGUGCCUUUGCAUCAGCCUCUGUGGAUAGAGCUGACACCCAGCCAGGAGGGCUUAGAGUCGGGGCGAGAGGUCUACAAGCUGCCGGGCAGAAACUCAUGGCAUCCCCCUUCCUCCCCUUUGAGAAGCAGCAGACAUGAUUUUUGUUUGGUGACAGUUCUACCAGCUGGGUGAUCUUGAGCAAUUCAGAGUAACUUCCCUGGCCUCAGGUUAGGACCAAGAUCCUGUCUGUGUUGAGAGAAGAAGAAGGCAUUGGAGGUUCUCCAUUAAGAGUCUCAAUUAUCAUCAGCUCUUACUAGCAGCAUUUCUAAGAUUGGCAGCUUAUCCACUUUUUGAUUUUUCAUAUCAAAGGCUGGGAGAACAUGAUUGGUUGAAAUUGGGAAUUUUAGACACCUAGAUGGCUCAUACUUUUUUUUAGCGAUCACCUAAGAAAUGAUGUCAGAUCAGUUUUUAGAAUGCUGCUAGGCGCCCAGUGCUAGAGUUACCUGUCUGUCCUCUCAGGUGAUGGUGCCUGAACAGCACAAAACAGGCCUAUCACCAUCCCCCUUGAAAGGUGUGCCAUAGGUAUAAUUACACUGCAGAUCAACAAAGGAAGUGUAUUCCCAUUGUGUGUGGGUUUUUAAUGUCUGUGACUUUUCCAGGAGAUACUGGAAUAAUUAAAGCUCUUUUGCUUUAGUGACAAA